AUGCCAAAAAAACGAGGACCGUCGGAUUUCUGGAAAAAAGCCAUCCGAGAGUCCCUGUCGCGCCACGUGGCAAACGCCCGUUGGAGGCUGUCAGGUGGUGACGCCAACGUCACCAAACUCGGGCUUCAGCCCGGGCAAGACUUGCCCUUGGGCUUCCUCGGGCUCGUGGGACCCACCAUGAAACCGGGCUACGGGCCCUGCGCUGGAGCCAUCUCGGGCUUGCUCUGGCAGCCUUUCACCCAGUUUGGGUUGGGCGCUGGAGAUGCUCUCAGAGGAUGGGGGUGGCGCUGGCUUUUGUGA